UAUACAACAUUCAUAAAAAUUAAAAUGGCGAAUCAUGUAUUAGGAAUUUGUACAGAGUGUACUAAAGCAAAUGGCGAGGAGUUUUGCUUAGAAUGUGAAGUUAUUUUAUGUUCGAAAUGUAAAUUGUCUCAUCUGAAAAGGAAAUCAAAUAGAAAGCACCAUGUCGAUAAAUCAUAUUCGAAGAUUUUAGAUAAGAGGCCAUCAUGUCUUAUUCACUCAAAAGAAGUUGUGUUUUAUUGCGGCUCAUGUUGUUUACUUAUUUGUCCUAGCUGCAUGCUCGAGAAACACAAACAACAUGACGUUGAUGAAAUAGAAAACGCUGUCUCAAAAAAGAAGGAAGGUAUAUCAAGUGAAAUAGCGGAUCUGGAAUCUAGAUCAGAAAAUGUCAAACAAAUCGUUGACGAUCUAAAUGUGUUUGAGGAAGCUUACAAGAUUGAUAAUGCUAUCUUGAAAAAGGUAAUCAAGGUUAGAGGGGAUACAUUAAAGGCUCUUAUUGAUAAACACACAGAAACUUUGGUAGAACGCGUUACUCUAGAAGAAAGUUAUCAAAUGACCCGGAAGUCGGAAGAAGUUUAUAAACUCGAGGAUAUAAAAUUGCUAUGUGACCUCCAAAUCGAACGUUUGAAAGGUUCUCUAGAGAAUACGAAAGAUAUUGAUAUUCUUUUGUCUUACGGUGAAUGGGAAGAAGAUGUCCAGCACGUUAAGACUAGAGAAAUUAGUGAAUUCACACCGAUUCCACCAAUUAGGUUUAUAGAGCCUGGCAAAGAUGAAGACACCAUUAAUGAAUUAUUCGGAGCCGUAGAAAUAGGAUUUUUUAAACUACAAGAAGGAGAUCACGUGAGGAUCAAGUUAUCAGUAACCGAACCAAUAAAUGGCUGGGGAGAUGUCACACACGACAGUAUCGGCAUUGUCAGAGGUGUAAAUGAUGACAUCGUUACAGUCGAUUUCAAAGAAUUUUCUGGUUGGGAAGCAUUUGUUUCAGAAGUUGAACUUGUAAAGUCUGGUAAUGAAGAACUGUAAUGUCUUAUGAACUGUUGCUAGUGGAACAAAAAAGAAGAUAUUAGAGUUUGAAGAAUACAUAUAUAGAACAUUCUUGACAAAAGAAACUGUAAAACAAAAUGUGUUUAACUCAAUAUAUAAUAACUAAAUGAACAUGUGCAUAUCGGGACUUUAAGGGUUGUUUUUAAUUUUGUAUAUAACAUUAUAUUUACUUGCUUGUAUAUCAAUAAAUAAUUUUAAAGACAUAAA